AUGAAGCCUGUCCCAAAAGAUGAGCCUAUCGUCAUUAUCGGCGCCGGUCUCUUCGGCCUGUCCACCGCCCUGGAGCUGAAGAAGAGAGGCUACCUUCACGUCACUGUCCUUGAUCGUUUUCUACCCCCAGUUCCUGAUGGAAGCAGCGUUGAUAUCUCGCGUGUCAUUCGUGUGGAAUACGCAGAUCCUCUUUAUGGGCAGAUGGCCCGUGAAGCUCUCGAGGGAUGGAAAACAAAGUAUAGCAAACACUUUUACACGUCUGGAUUUGUGAUGCUUGGACCACCCGGAGACGGAACUUAUGCUUCCAAAGCCAAGGAAGAGACAGAGAAGGUUGGUGGUCGGCUUAUUCAAUUCAAGAACGCCGACAAGCUGCGGGAUCACUAUCCUAGUAUCCAGGCAAAUCUUGAAGGCUUGGAGGCGCAUUUGAAUCCCGCUGGAGGCUGGGCUGAUGCAGAAUCGAGUAUUCGUCAGCUCAGCAAUGAAUGCAGCAGCCUUGGGGUAUCAUUCAUCUUAGGGCCAAGGGGAACGGUACACUCCCUCAAAUACGAGCAAGGGCGCGUUGUUGGAGUAAAUGUCGCUCAGGGGCCAUCGAUAUCGGCUUCCCUCGUGGUUUUGGCGACAGGGGCCUGGUCAAACCGCCUGGUAGACAUGAGCCAUGCAAGCUCCGCGUCUGGACAACCUGUUGGAUUCAUUCAAUUGACAGAUGCGGAGGCCCAGAAGCUCAAGGGCAUGCCCGUCAUGAUUAAUCUGGAAACUGGCAUUUUUGUUUUCCCUCCCACGCCGGAUACCAAUAUCCUGAAGGUUGCACGCCACGGAUAUGGCUUUGGGACCGCUGUACCUGUCGUGGAGGAGGACAAGGAGCGUCUUGUUUCCUCACCCAGGAGGGACACAAGCAAUGCAGUGUCCGGCUAUUUACCAGACGACGCUGAUGCCGCUCUUCGAGCAGGGCUGGCACAACUCGUACCCGAGUUCCAGUCGCGGGAGUGGAUGGACCGUCGUUUAUGCUGGUACUCGGAUACUCCUGCAGGAGACUUUGUCGUGGAUCAUCACCCAAAAAUUCAUGGGCUCUUCUUUGCAACUGGCGGAGCCGGACACGCUUUCAAGUUCCUUCCAGUUCUGGGAACCUAUAUUGCCGAUUGCUUCGAAAACAAAGCGCCGGCAGAACUGAGGCGCAAAUGGAGUUUCCCACUGCCAGCUGGAGACAACGCUGGUACAAAGAUUGGUGAUGGCAGCAGAGCCGGACCUCCAUUGCGGAUUUUGAACCCCAAAGAAAUGUCCAAGCUGUAG